AUGAGUGAAAGGUUAUCAUUGAAAUUCCGUCGACCAUCGAGCAAACUGCAGAAGGAUCCCCCUAGCUUCAGUUCGCGCAUUCUUCGGAGUCAUCAAAGCGCAACUUCCCUCAAACGUCAUCCCUCCGCCCCCGUCUAUCCACGCACCUCUCCUAACGGUACUCACGAGCACACCCGCUCACGAUCCAACGCCGCUGCCGUCUACGGCUCCUCUACUUCGUCACCGGAUCAGCAUAGCGACAGUCAGUCGUCCGGUCAUACCGAUCCCUCAUAUUUCCCCAACUACAGUUCUCGAUCACGCCAAAAUCGAUUCUCCUAUGACCAGCACAGCCCGGAUGAAUUAAAUACUACGGGUAGUACUCCCUACGAGACGCGGGGCAUGCUGAGUGCCUUGGAUGAGAAUACUGAAACAGACGCCUCAUCGCCAUCCCAUCAACCCCCACCAAUACGGUCCCAGCACUCUAGUCCAGAUACCCGCCAUCGUUCAAUUCUCAGACAAUCCGCCAGUUUCACCACUUUACCCUCUCGAAUGGAUUCCUUCGCACACCGGGAUACCGAGCGGGCCCAGACCUCUAAGCGGUAUUCGGAUGAGGCAGGUGCGAGCAAUGGAAGCAAUAUUCCCACCCGUGGGAGGAGUAAGAAGGCCAGCUUCUCCAGCUUCGUCAAUAGUAUGCUGGGUUCCCCUCGCAAUAUCAAGAUCUCCGCCCCGGAGAACCCUGUUCAUGUCACCCACGUCGGCUAUGACAACCAGACCGGCCAGUUCACAGGCUUGCCUAAGGAAUGGCAGCGACUAUUGCAGGAGAAUGGUAUUUCGAAGAAGGAACAGGAGGAGCACCCGCAGACCAUGAUGGAUAUCAUGCGAUUUUACGAGAAAAAUACCCGUGGCGAUGACGAUGAAGUGUGGCACAAGUUUGACAACGCAUAUGCCAGCAAGAACAACGAACCAGCGUCCUCUCCGCCCGGAAGUCCACGCUUUCCCCAGAAUCACGAAGGUAGUUUUGAGAAUCCUCGGUCACCCCCACCCGUCCCUCGUGGACCUCCUAGCGCACCUUCACCAGCUCCCAUGGCUACCGUGCCCAUGUCUCCGCCCUUGGGAAGCCUGGUACCGCAUCGCGCACCUCCCAAGCCUCCCAGCAUGAUUCCAGCAAGGCCACCACCGCAGCCUCCCAUAUCGCAGGGAAUCGCCUCCCAGCGAUCGCCAGAUACCUAUGGACCCGGCACCCCGCCAAUCCCCGAGACUCAACCGUUAUCCACGGACCAGCGUACACCUAUCAGCUCUCGCAAUGGCACACCGACCCCGAAGUCAGCGACUGUUGCCAAUCCGACCCAGUAUCAACGACAGCAGGAACAGAUUAUGGCUGCGGCCCAGCAAGCGAUCGCAUCUAAACAACUAGACCGGAGCCGUCAGCAGCAGCAGCAGCAGCAGCAACAACAACAACAGCAACAGCUGCAACAACAACAAUUGCAGCAACAACUGCACGAACAAGAGUUACAGGCCCAAGCUCAUCGGCAACAGCUCCAGGCUCAACAGCAACAACAGCAGCUCCAAGCCCAGCAGCACCCUCAAGUGGCCCCGAUUGCGACGAAUAUUCCUCCAAUCUCAGCCGAGGCAUCAGUAGCCCGGGCACCCCCUGCCGCUCGACCUCGUCAGCCUAAGCGCCAAAGCAACCUCAUGGACGUACGACAGCGCUUGUUGAGUAUAUGUCACCCGGGCGAUCCCACCCAGAUAUAUUACAACCUCAACAAGAUCGGUCAAGGUGCUUCCGGUGGUGUUUUUACCGCCUAUGAAAAUGGGACCAACAACUGUGUGGCCAUCAAGCAGAUGAACUUGGACCUUCAACCUAAGAAAGACUUGAUCAUCAACGAGAUUCUGGUUAUGAAGGACAGUAAGCACAGGAAUAUUGUCAAUUUCCUAGAGAGUUUCCUUCACGGUCUCGAUUUAUGGGUUGUCAUGGAGUAUAUGGAGGGAGGCAGUCUUACAGACGUGGUCACAUUUAACAUCAUGAGUGAGGGUCAAAUUGCAGCCGUUUGCCGAGAGACACUCGGCGGACUUCAGCACUUGCACUCCAAGGGUGUUAUUCAUCGUGAUAUCAAAUCUGAUAACAUCCUUCUCUCAUUGGAUGGUAACAUUAAGCUGACCGAUUUCGGUUUCUGUGCCCAAAUCAACGACUCUCAAAAUAAGCGCAACACCAUGGUCGGAACACCAUACUGGAUGGCCCCUGAAGUUGUCACCCGCAAGGAAUACGGUCGCAAGGUUGAUAUCUGGAGUCUGGGUAUUAUGGCUAUUGAGAUGAUCGAUGGCGAGCCACCAUACUUGACGGAGUCGCCGCUUCGCGCUCUAUACUUAAUCGCCACAAAUGGUACCCCCACCAUCAAAGAUGAGCAUAACUUGUCAUCAACGUUCCGGGACUUCCUACACCUUGCCCUCAAGGUGGACCCGGAGAAGCGAGCUUCUGCUCACGACCUCCUUAAGCACCCAUUCAUGUCUAUCUGCUCACCAUUGUCGCACCUCGCCCCUCUGGUCAAGGCAGCUCGCCAUAGCCGUGCCCAGGAGAAGGCACAGAAGACUAGCCCUUAA